GAAAAGAAACCCACUCUCUUAAGUAUUUGUUACCUGUGUUGGUAACCCCAUCAUGAAAUGCCGAUAGCCAGAGUUGUAGAGAUAUAUAUUCACCCGGAACAUGUUCCCUGCGACAAGAAGUUGAUAACGUUUUUGAAUGAAUAAAGUGUAGAUAAAGGCCCCCUGGCAAUACUAGUGUGUCAGCCUAAAAACAGCUAGAAGUUGUACUAAGUAGCGUAAUUACAAUUUUCCAUCUUCAUUCGAUUCAAAAAUCAUAAGUACCUACUAUGAAAAAGUAAUAUUCAUCACUACGUCCUCACAGUUGCGAACUUCAUGCUGCCUUUUCAAUACAACUACAAUGACUACAAGACCAUCAGCACGCCAGGUCACUGCUCCGCAAGAUGAUGAGAUUGAAUUAGUCUCCUACCACGAAACCUCCUCCAAGUCCUCAAGUUCCUCUUUUUCGACCAGUGCGUCUGUGGUGACCAUUAUGCUUUGUCUCUAUAAUAAGUUCUAGACCUGGAGGUAGCUACUUUUCCACAGGAGGUGGAGGAUGUUCAGUUGUAGGGCUAGAAGGAGUGGAUGUAAGCUGCAGCAUAAGCACCAUACUAGGGAUGUUGUAAAAGAGCGCUUGCGCUUGGUGGAGGUCUAAAAAUCCUUUUCUAACGAACGAGACCGGCAAAGAGAGGGAGACCACUCUGCAGCUGGUGUGAUUCCUGCUUAUUCCCCUACUACGGAUUCUCGCAGCGCAAUGGACAGCCAAGUCGAUGUGAAAGCAGCUCUCCAGCAGGGCUCCUCUCAAGGAGAUAGAUUAAGGCUCCCUCUUCGGAAGCAUCUUUUCGGAAGCAUCCUGAUCAUGAGACCGUUUCUUUUCACUACAUGCAAGGAAAUAGAGAAUUUCCAGGAAAUGGUGCAUUUCAAGAUGAUGAUGAACUGGUCCGAGGACAUCAAAUUGGGACAUCUAGGACAACUUUUCCAAACUUAACAUUUCUGUCAGGUCUAAAAAUUGGAGCUUUGGCUUCGUCGAAAGCCGCGCCACCCGAUAAAGGUGCAAUCAUUGUCGAAGAUGAGCAGAAGGCGAUUUUGUGGAGACCAGCGUGUACGCCGAAGCUGUUUAUGUUAUGGUGAUGGUUUUGUAAUCAGUGUAGAUAGAUUCGAUUCAAAUGCGGACCAAUGCGAAUGCAGAUCAUCAUCAUGGAGCUGCUCGAAUCCGCUUCUAAUAUUCAUCAUUUUCGCUUCCUACGCAGUCGUUUUGCUUUCGCUGGGAGCUGCUUAUUUGGAUGGGACAUCAACGGUGAAAGAGGUCAUCCUCGAACUGAAGUCACAGACGAUGUCUUGCACUGCAGCGACGGGCAAUGACGACACUGGCAUCUCUGGUUCCGUCACUCGUGCAUGCACUAUGAUUGGAACUGGCACGGCAGGUAUGGUAGAAACACUCAGUUUCACGCCUGAAGAGGACUUGGAGGGUCCUGUGUACCUCUACUACGGCAUGGACGGUUUCUAUCAGACGCACAGAAAUCUCAUUCGUGGAUUCGAAAACGCGAUGUCUGCGAAACAAGUAAGAGCUGGAUCCUGUAUGCCGUAUCAGGAAGGUACAUUUCUGACCGAUGGAAUAGGAAGGUCGUCAGCUUUUUUUUGGUGUACUAUAAAAAGCGUUGAUCUGGUGGAGCAUAAAAAAUGCAUAGUUGGUUCGUCGUUUGUGUCACAGGGAAAGAUCAAGGCAUCAAAACACGACACUCAUCCAAAGAUAGUGUGAUACAUGAAUAUCACCCAUCAACAGGUCGACACAGCCUCGAAGAAAUAGUUGUUCUAUCCAAGUUGAAUAGAGGAUUGUGUGUCUUCCUGAUAGUCUUACUAUUGCUUCGUAUGGUGCAGCCGCUGUGUAGCCUUGUCCACAUGCACUGCAUCCGAAACCUAACCUAACAGGUCGAACCGGUUGCAAGCCAGAGAGUAUGAAAGAUUUUUUCCCGGCUCAUGGCGAAAGUUGGGAGACUGCGGUCUAUCAGUUGUGGUAUCCGAAGCAGAUGAUGAAUGCCAGAACAGGAUGCUACCUCUGGUGGUCGACAAGGAGUCAAGAGUGCUUGGAGAAUGGAGAGUACUGAUGUUUCCUUGGAGAUCGUAGUUCACCUUCUAAAGGGGAAGAGAUCUUGAGGACAUAUUUCUCAUUGUCUGAGCACCAAGCAAAAUAGUCCGCACUAGCUAAGAAGUCUCGUAAUUCCCACACUCACGACACCUGAUCGACACACAGUAACGAUUCCGAAGUCUGUAAAGCCGGACCGCUCGGCACUUUCCCACCGACAGCAGCCGAUAACAAGGUCCAUUAUCCUUGUGGUUUGGGUGCAAGGUUGGUUGGGGAUGGUGGCUUGGACAGCAUGGUUUUGACAGAUUCCUCCAACACGGCGUUGCCUCAAGUGACGAGGCCAGAAGAAGUUUCCUUCGACGCAGAUUGGGAGUUUUCGAAGAGGAACCUGGAUCCAGAAGGUAAUACUAACAUGAAUCGCCUACAUCAGCACCUUUUUUGUAUCGUCUAUAGAAGUGGUGGAACAGAUCUUCAGUUAAUUUUUUGCAGGAGACAAGACUUUAUCCCCACUACUGCGAUUAAAUCGCAACAGCUUGACAGCAGCCGCUGCAUAUUCCAUCUCUUUCCAACUAAUCGCAACAGCCACCUUCGAAAAAGACCGCAACCUUUUCGAGGAUGAAGAUUCGGCACAAUUGGAAGGCAAGAAGUACUACGAAAUUCUGAAUAUGCACCUGCUGAAGGUCUUUCCACCGCAAGUUUGUGUGGACGAUCCGCUACGCUUACAACCGGUCCAAACACUCGCUGACGGGUCGACUGCGGAUUGCACAAACUAUCGAGGAUUCAGUGUACUGUGUUUUUUGAUCAUAAGUAAGUAGAUUCCUCGGACAACGCGGCCUGGCCGCAGAGCCGCGGACCUUGAACCUUGAACCGAAGUAGAUGGCUGGUGCUGGUGUAAAGAUUUUGCAUCAACACAUAAUGCUAGUCGUGCAAUCAUGCUUCUUGUACCUUCCAAGAGGCGACAUAAAUGACAACUCUUCACCUUCACCAAUUGCAGUUCGACUCCAGCGCGAAUGCAGCCACAUGCAAUUACAAUAUGACAGCGAGUGUGACGAAUCCGUUGUCUGGUUCUGCAAUCACGUGUGGCGCAAAAGCGGCAAAUCCUUCUGGAUGGGGAAUCGAAAACUCACAGUGGCUCAAUUUCCAGAGGUAAUGUUCAUUCUGGAAGACUAUCGUUAUCCAGCUUUAUUUUUCAGUAGAUUCAUUGACUUACUUUUGAUGUCUACGUCGUGUUAGACGAUAUUGAAACAGGUGAAGCAGGUCAAGACGAACAGUAAUAGUACCAAGCAAGUUAGGCGAAUUCAUUCAUUCAUUCAUUCUACCCACCUUGAUCACACAUGAAAAGGCUUUCGAGUUACCACGACAUUCGUAAGCUUUUUGCAAAAAUUCCAGAGGGAACAAAGUUGUCAAAGGGGAGCACCUACAAGCUAUUCUACGCACAUCGACUGGAUUUGACGAAGGUACAAAUAGAGUUUGAAGUUGCUGCUUUGAGUUUGAAGUAAGCUAAACCACAAGCACGAAGAACACAACAAAGUAAGAAAGGGCAAAGCUCACGAGUUCCACAAACCGUUCUCGUCGUUGUCAAAAAAUCACGACGACGAGUGGGAGCGGGAUGAUAUAUAUCAUUGUAUCAACUGCAGCAAUACCUCUAGUUGGGCACAUCAUUACAUACACACAUACAUACAUACAUUCAUACAAGUACAUUCUCCAUUUUUCUCAGCACGCUGGAGUCGGGCAUGACAUCAAGAAGAAGGUGUUUAUACAAAGCGGCUCAUGGGCUGGUGGCAGUGACAGCCUUGUAGUAGCAGCGAUCACAGUAGCGGGAGGAGGAUUGUGUCUGCUGAUUUUAUGAGGUUGAUAAUUUUUAUUGAAGGAGAAACAUCUAUCUAGUUGUAGAUGUACAACAGGCAGAACUUUUUACAGUUCAUCCGAUACCUAUUUAUAUUUUCACACAUUAACACGGUCCGUAUCCUCGCUGGACCAUCUCUAAUACAGGCCGCACUAGUGUUCUUUGCCCAUGCGAAGGAUCCGCAGAGACUAGACCGCAUUAUCUACAUGGAGUGGCCAGAUUUCCGGUCGGCCAGCGCAGUUGCAGCGUAG